AUGGGAAUUACUGGAUUAAAAAGUAUUGUAAACACUGUUUGUAGAAAAAGGACACUUAAAGAAUUAAAAGGAAUUCGUGUUGCUAUUGAUGGGUAUGCUUGGCUUCAUCGUGCUUCUGCUUCAUGUUCUGAAGAACUUUGUGAAAAUAUUCCAACAAAUGGUCUGUCAUCGUUUUGUGUGAAAGGGGCAUUGACAUUACUUAACAAUGAAAUUACUCCAAUUUUUGUUUUUGAUGGAGCUCGUUUACCAUCAAAAAUUACUACAGAAAAUGACAGACAACAAAAAAGAAAUGAAAAUUUAAAAACUGCACGAGACACUACAAUUAAUAUUACCGAAAGGAAAAGGGCAUAUGGUCAAGCAGUUGAGAUACUUCCUUGGAUGGCAAGUGCAGUUAUUCAAAGUUUAAAUGAAAUUGGUGUUGAGUCUAUUGUAGCUCCUUUCGAAGCUGACCCACAACUAGGUUAUCUGUGUAAAAUAGGAUAUGUUGAUGCUAUUAUUUGUGAAGACAGUGACCUUAUAGUUCAUGGAUGCAAAAGAAUUCUAUUUAAAUUCAAUAAAUUUGAUGAAACAGUUGAAGAAUUUUUGUCAAGUGAUUUAGACAAAACUGAUUUCAAAGGUUUUACAAGAAAUAUGUUAGUGUAUUCUUGUGUAUUAGCUGGGUGUGAUUAUUGUAAAAAUAUUUCAAAGGUUGGUAUUAAAAAAGCAAUGAAAAUUAUUAAAUCUGAACCAUCAAUCUCAAAGGCAUUAAUUAAACUUAUUGAAACUCAUGGAGCUGAACUAGAUACAAAGGAAAAGAAAAUUGAGUAUUUAACAAAUGUCAGAAAUGCCAUAUUUACAUUCAAUUAUGCUUAUGUUUAUAAUCCAGUUGAUCAAGAAGUUGUCAAUUUAAAUGAAGUCCCUGAAGAAUUAAGUUUUAUGGUAGAUGAAAUUCUUGGAAUAAAACCAAAUAAACAAAUUGCACAAGACAUAGCAAAUGGAACGGUUGAUCCAGAUACUCACAAACCAUUCGAGCAAUUCAUUGAUCUUAAUUUAUUUGAAAAAGCAAUGAGUUUGAGUACAACAUUAACUUCUUAUACAACAGGGUCAAUAAAAAAAUUUCAUCAAGUUGAACCAUCUUUCAAUUCCUAUGAAUUGGAUGACUUAGAACUAUUUGACAUUUUUGAAAUUAUUAGAAAUGAAAACCAUAAAACAAUAAGGUCAAGAAAAUCAAUGUUACAAAAAUAUGAUUGUGAAGAAGACUUUAAUGAAAACGAAAAUGCUGGAAUUGUGACGAUGAAACAAUCACGAAAACGUUCAAAAAAUCAACCUAAACCUAUAUUAAGCAUGACCAAUCUUAAUUUUAAACCAAAUCUUAAAACCUCUUUCCCAUUAACUGAUGAAGAGCUCCAAACAAUCAAACCAAAAAGAAAGAUUGAAAACAGUUACAUUUCUUCUGACUUUGAUUUAUUUAUUCCAAGUUUCGAUAUGUAUUAUAUGAUUAACCAAUUAAAGUGA